CUUUUUUAUUAUUAUUUAAAGGAGAAAUCCAGAAAGGGGUGGAAGAAGAAAAAGAUAACAUUUUUAAAUUUCAUUUUAAAAAAAAAAUGUGCGGAAAAAGAAACCUCUGACUUUCAUUUACGCGAGAGCCCAUUUUGUCCCACACUCGUGAUUUAUUAUAUAUUAGGAAGAAUAGUUAAGACGACCCGUCUUGUUUCGUUCUUCAUCACAUCUGAUUAGGGCUGUUUUCUGCUCACAGAUUUGGGAAUUUAGUUGGUUUAGGGUUGUUAUUUCCUCAGAUUAUUGAGCCAUCUCAGGUAUUUUUGCUGAAAGAUUGCAUCUUUAAGUCUGAACUCGACAGAAAAAAAAAAUGGCGAUUGGGAAAAAUUGUAGGUCAAGGGCAAAUGGGGAGUACGGUAUGGGGCUAGUGAGAAGCUCAUCGUUUGGGAGAAAAAGAGUUGCCCUUUCGAAUGUUGUCGGCUCAGAUUUUCAGAGCGACGAUUCUGCUGCCACGACUACUUCGAAACGACGGUGCUCUGAUCAAGAUUCAGUCUUUUCAGAAGAAAAAUCUGUGCUUCAGAAUUUGCCUCAAGAAAUUCUGAUCAAAGUACUCUGUGGCGUGGAGCAUGAUGAUUUGAAGAGAUUGUUUUUCGUUUCUAAAGCAAUUAGAGAAGCUACGAUGAUUGCCAAGCAACACCAUUUUGCCUACAGCACUCCAAAAAAGCUGUUUGGGUUUCAGGACGAUGGGUAUUUUGGUAAUUUUGACGAGGCCGAGGCCCCGAAUGCCCCGAAGCAAUCUAGGGUUCCACGGCAUAGAUUAAACGCAAAGAAAUUAUCCGAAAUUUCAGUUAAACUAUUUGCUUCCGGUGAAGAUAACGAUGUGUGUUUUUUGCCGAGGCGGAAUUUAAGUUUGAAAAUGGAAAUUGGCAGCUAAAUAAAUUAUGUUCUUGCUCUUUGUAAAGAAUGUGUUGUUUAAGCUGUAGAAAGAUUAUUUUGAUAGGUAAUUUGUGACUGUGUGUGUGUUUGUUUGUACAUGUUGAAGCAAAUGUCUUCAAGCAUAGUUUUCUCUUUUCUUCAACUCUUCCCAUUGAAGAACAAUUUGGCUCGUCUGUAUUUUGUUUUAGUACACAUGUAGCAGCUGGAUGGAAUGUAAGAAGUAUACGACUAACCAAAUAUGUAUUUGUUAUUAGUUUAUUGAAUGGAUCGAAUAACAUGUAGUCUUGAUAUGCAAUCUUUUUUAAUGAAAGUUUUUGGUUAUCUUUUGGCAAUGUCGAAUUCCUUUUCUGUAAUUGUUUAUCCUACGUUGGUUUGUGUUUGCGGAUCGAGCUAGGGGCUAAAGUGCAAUUUAUUUUGAUUCUGAG